AUGAAAAAUGUAACCGAUUCUUUCGUUUCUUUGGGUCACUGGCCAUCCGCCGGGAGUUUCGGGUUUAAUACCGAUAUUUUAGCAACAAAUCCAAUAAAUCUAAGUGUAGUACUUGGUGUAUUGAUCUUUUUUGGAAAGGGAGUGUGCGAGUUACAUUUACGCACCAUCAAUGCUAAUAUUGGCAUGUUUGGGGCGAUGAAAGAAAUAACCGAUUAG